AUGUUAGACCUGCUGGGAAACAAGAAGGUACUCAUCAGUGCACACCAGUUAUUUCAUACUAGCGAACGGCUGAACAUCCGGCAUAACCCAACAUCCCAAUCUUCCCUGGUUCCCGCCCAAGCCGAUCAUAUUGUGCAUCCACAAUCCUCCAUCUUUUCCUUGCCUGCCUCACAGCCGGAUACAUGGAACUCGGAGUUCUGGCGACCGGGGUCAUCACCCGCAAAGCCGGUCAUUGGCCACGCUGAUCAGCAUAGUGAGGAGCCUAAGAUCCGUUCUCUGAAGCCGAGUGAUUUGACUCUCUUAUCUCGCUGCACAAUCGUCCGGGAGGCAAUAGGCAAUGCACUAUUACUGGAUAGCAUCCUAGCUCUGGCAGUAUUGGAUAUUAUCUAUUCUCGCGAAAGGGACAGCAUACAGGAAAAUCAAUAUGAUUACCAGCAAUUCCACAUGUCAUUGCUUGUUAUAUGCAAUAUGCUUAUCAUCAUCUCCUUCGCGCAUGUACGAACGCCCUUAUGCUCAAGCGGAUCCGCGUUGGUAGAUCUUUGUCAAAUUGAGCUGGCUUUCCUAGUCCGCCAGGGAAGCGGUCCCAAUAUACUAAAUAUCUCUACCCUGGCCAUUCAUGCUCUGCGAAAGCUUAAUAAUGAGGAUAGCACGGGGAACAAUAACCCCAAAGUUCCAGCAGUAUUUGUAGAUUUGGUUCUGGACCAUCAGCCUAUGGCAUUGAUAAUCAUGGCCCACUAUUGCGUGUGGUGGAUGGGAAUAUUUGGCAUUAGAGUCAUAGAUGAGAUCUGUCGGCUCUUGGGCAAUGAUCGCUUGGGCAAUAUACAAUGGGCGAUUGAUGGGAUAUCAACAGAUUGCACUACCUGUUUUUGA